AUCAAACUACAACAAUGCUCAGACCUCGAUAUCCGUGAACUACAUUUCGGCUUCUUCGAACUCUUCCAAGGUCUCUCUAUCCAAAAAUCAACUCAAUUCCUCGCUCCACCGCCUCAACCGCCCACAAUGGCACCCCCGCCAUCCUCUCUCUACACACUCUCCUUCUUCCUCGCCGCUCUCACAACCCUCCUCGUCUGCGCCUCUCUCCGGCUCCUCGCCAUCCUGCCACGGACACCCUUCCGACCGCAGCCCAUUCGCCGCAAACCAAUUGCAACCCGUGUGCUCAUCGUGCUCGGCUCCGGAGGCCACACACACGAAAUGUUUUACCUGCUUAGGGAGCUCGAUACAAGCAAAUAUACACACAGGACGUAUGUGGUCAGCAGCGGGGACGCUUUUAGUGCGCAAAGGGCAGUUGAGUUUGAAGGGGAGUUGGAGGUGAGGGAGAAAGCGAGGUUACGGCGGAAAGAGGAGCUGGAAGAGGAGGAAGACGAGAAGUUGGAAGGGCAAAAUGGAAAGAUAGCCACGCAGAAUGAGGAAAGACAAGCAUGCACAGGACCUGACCACUACAACGUCGCCACCGUUCCCCGCGCCCGUCACAUCUACCAAUCCAUCCUCACUACACCAGUAUCCUCCCUUUGGACCUUGUGGAAGUCUUUCCCUCCCUUACUAGCAGCUCCGCCUUUGUUGCCCGAUCAAUCCCCACAAACGCCCUACGAAGCCGCUGCGCAAGACCUCCCUGACCUCAUCCUCACAAACGGCCCUGCAACAGGCGUCAUCAUCGUCCUAGGAAGCCUUAUUUUGCGCUUCUUCAACCUACGCGGCGCAAAUAGCAGAGGGAAAUGCAAGACGGUGUAUGUGGAGAGCUUUGCGCGGGUCAAGACGCUGAGUCUGAGUGGGAAACUAUUGUUGAGGGUUGUGGAUCGGUUUGUGGUGCAGUGGGAAGCCUUGGAGGGAAAGGGUGGUAGGGCGGAGUUUUGGGGUGUGCUGGUUUGAAAGCAGAGGGGUCUGACAUGAUGAUAUGGGAAGCGAAGAGAAAAUGCAUAGCAAGGUGUUAAGGAGUAGUCUUACAUUUGCAAAGCUAGAUACCCCCACCAAUCGAUGCAUACGGCU